UGACAAUAAUACCAAGUUGAUGUUUGCCUCUCUGUCCACAAUGAUGUCUCAUGGGUUCAAGAGCAGUAAGCAGGACUUCACCUUUGGACCAUGGAAAGUGACUGCUGCCAAAAACCACAUCAUGAAAUCCAAAGACAUUGAACGGUUAGCGGAGGAGAUGAACAUGCCCUCCCUCCCAGAGAUGCUGUUUGGGGACAAUGUCCUGCGCAUCCAACAUACUGAUGGCUACGGCAUCGAAUUCAGCGCCAUCAACGCUCUUAAGAGAGUCAACAACAUGGAGGAUGCUGUCAAGGUGGCCUGUGCUCAGGAAUGGCAGGAGAGCAGGCAAGAUGAGCUUCACAGUGUGUUCCCAAAGGCUGCUUUCAUUAACAUUGGAUAUGUAAAACAGCUGUGGUCGACUAACCAGACACUGAGAGCUACACAAAAAAACCAUGCUACUUUAAGGGCAUGCUGAGUAAGAUUUAAAAAAGAAAUAGAUGUGUCUGUAUCUCCAGAGACCCUGCAUCCCUUUUCCUGUAUUUUCUUAUGUUGCUGUGUGCGGGACCUUUCGGGUUGUCAGGCUUUGGGCAGCCUGUAAGGAGUUCGGGAACAAUCAGAUUACUGUCUUUGUCCUCGUCUCUCCAGUGCUCGCACAACACUGAAACAAAGUGUGGAGAAUGGAUGUAUGAAGAUCUGCAGUCUGUCUGACAGAGGGCAGGGCUGACCUACACACACUAACACACACCUUCUGCGGGGUUGUGCAGAGGUGCUGUAGAAUGUAACUGCUGUGAAAACAAUCAUAAAAUAAUGUUUUAUUUUCUCAGAUUUUAUUUUGCUCCUUCACUCCACUCAACUUUUAUUUUCAAUUUGAUUCAAAAGGCUUUAUUGCCAUGACAUUUGACGUGUUGCCAAAGCACAAUUACUGUAAUAACAAUAUUAUAGAAUGAAAUUUACAAAUGGUGCCCCA